AUGAGAGAACUCUACAUGAAAUCGGGCCAAGGCUUCCUUCUCGUCUUCAGCAUAACCUCCCUGACCUCCCUCACUGAGCUUCACGAACUCCGCGACCAAAUCGUCCGCAUCAAAGACGACCCCCUCGUCCCUCUCGUCAUUGUCGGCAACAAAUCCGACCUCGAAGAAGACCGCGCCGUCUCCCGCUCCCGCGCCUUCCAAGUUUCCCAAUCCUGGAAUGCACCAUACUACGAGACAUCAGCGCGAGCGAGGCGGAAUGUGGAUGAAGCAUUUGUGGAUCUCUGCAAGCAGAUAAUCCGCAAAGAUAUGGCGACCCGACAGGUUAGGGAGAUGGAGAAGUUGGAUAGAGGGGACAGAAACAGGCCGGGAAGAGGGGGCAGGAAGAGAAAGAAGAAGUUCUUGGACGGCGGGAAUUCGAGAUGUAACAUCUUAUAG